GUAAAAACUAUCACAAUAGAAAAAGAAAAUAAAUAAAGUAAGACAUAAAAAAAAAUAUUUAUUAGGCCAAAAAAGUGUAUUUACGAGUGUUAAAAAAGUGAUCCUUGGAAUGUUGUAAUGAGAUACGACAUUCAAGAAGCUCUCCAAUCUGAGGAAUUCAGUAGGUCGUCAAAGGGAAUGGCCUACCAUCCAUUCCUACAGUUGCCGAGACCCACUGACUUCAGCGUUUCAUCGUUGUUGACAGCGGGAACUCAAAGCCAAGGACAACUAUCACCAGGAGGAGCGUCUCAGCCAUAUUUUCCAGCAGCUGCCUUAGCUGCGUUGUCCAGUACAACCAGCGGCCAUCAUUCUCAUUUAUAUCCUGGUACAUUAUUACCAAAGCUACCUCCUCACCACCCGCACGCUCAUCACGCUCUGGGUACUCCAUACACCACAGCGGAAGACGUGGUUCUGGCUGCUGUAGCAGCGCACCAACAUCCAGCUAUGCGUCCCCUUAGAGGAUUUCAGCCAGAAGAUGAUGGAGUUGUUGACGACCCUAAAGUGACUUUGGAAGGAAAAGAGCUUUGGGAGAAGUUUCACAAACUAGGAACAGAAAUGGUUAUCACAAAAAGUGGAAGGCAAAUGUUCCCUCAAAUGAAAUUUCGGGUCUCAGGUCUAGACGCAAAAGCAAAAUAUAUUUUACUGUUGGAUAUUGUAGCAGCUGAUGAUUAUCGAUACAAAUUUCACAACAGUAGGUGGAUGGUAGCCGGAAAAGCUGAUCCAGAAAUGCCAAAAAGAAUGUACAUUCAUCCAGAUUCUCCCUCAACUGGUGAACAGUGGAUGCAAAAAGUUGUAUCUUUUCACAAGCUAAAGCUAACAAAUAACAUUAGUGAUAAACAUGGAUUUCAUCUAUCAUACAUAAAUGGAGGCAGCACAAAAACAUGCGGUGAAGUUAUAACUAUUUUAAACUCAAUGCAUAAAUACCAACCAAGAUUUCAUUUAGUUCGAGCUAAUGACAUCUUAAAACUUCCAUACUCAACGUUUCGAACUUACGUUUUUAAGGAAACUGAAUUUAUUGCUGUAACUGCAUAUCAAAAUGAAAAGAUUACUCAACUAAAAAUAGACAAUAAUCCAUUUGCAAAAGGAUUUAGAGACACUGGAGCUGGAAAGCGUGAAAAAAAUUACAGACAGACACUUUUAUCUCAACGCUCUGGCGAUGGCGAUAAGCUUAAUCCUAGCCAUGUAACGUCAUCUAGAGGGCCGCUUAGUUUAGACCUCAGAGGCUCUACAAAUUUAGAAGAUGACGAUAAACUUCUUGAUGUUGUGGGCCCUCCACAAAGUCCACUAUUGUCUCUGGGACAAUCACUUCAUCAUCUUCAUCCUCAAACUAAUUCAGCUGCUUGGUUCAAUUUCGCUACGGAUGUUCACAACCAAGAAGAUCUUUUGCGAAAACGAUUGCAAUCAGACGAAAACGAACGUGAUGGAAGUGAUUCAAAUUGUUCAGAUAGUAUUGCUGGCAGUACAGGAGCAUUUAGACCCACACCGGGUAGUCCUAAAGAGAGUUCAAAUUCGAUUAAUAGUUCUUAUCCGUCUCCAAACAUAUCUGUUGGACCUCCGAUUCAUCCUUCACCUCAUUUAUUACCAUAUUUAUACCCACACGGACUAUAUCCACCACCUCCAUUAUCACUUUUGCAUAACCCUACCAGUAGUUCAAUGAAUGCUGGAUUAAAUCCUGGAUUGCUUUUCAAUGCUCAAUUAGCUUUAGCAGCACAACAUCCUGCACUUUUUGGUCAUUAUUCAGGUCAUUCCCCAACAUCGUCUUCGCCUUUACAGGGAAUUAAGAAUAAUCGUUUCUCUCCGUACACUGUACCAGGCAGUUCUGGCUCAGCUUUUGAGCAAGUAACACCAACUGCAGGACAACGUAGCUUAAGUAGUAGUCCACCUCCCAGAAUAGCUUCAGAAUCUCCAUUACUGAGACCUCAAUCAGUAUCGCCAUCGCUUACGAAAAUCAACCAAAAUGAUACCUCGGACUAUGAGCAAAACAAUAAAAGCGAAAAUGAAAACAAUUCUAAAAGCUCACCAUCGGAAUUGAAAAAUAUAGAAAACAUGGUAAAUGGAUUGGAUAAUAAAGAUAUUGAAAGAAAUUCAGACGAACGUAAUAAAAGUCACUCAUCUAUAGGUGAUUGACAACGACUAAAUUAAUCAAUUUUAUUAUUAAAUCACUCAAAAUUUCAUUUCAAAAUGUCUUGUAAGUGCGUUAAGAAAAUACAAAGAUUAUCUGGUAUCCUACGUUAAUAUAUCUCUUUAUUUUCAAUUAUUAUUAAAAUACAACAA